AGGAGCAGCUGUACGGUGACUGGUGCUUAAACCCGUAUUCUUCACGUUCCUUGUUCUUAUACCGAGGGCUUCGUUCGUUAGUUUGUUAAUUCAGAUGAUAUCAUUGCAAGGCGGGAGAAGAAGCAAUUAGGCGAGAUAUUUUUUUAGUUGGUAGUUGAAUUCAAAAGUCGCUUUCCAUAUUAUUUUUGUGACAAUUUUGCUUUGUCAUGGAAAGGAAACCGAAGAAGCGUGCAGCUCGCCUAACAAUUAAGCAAAAACAACUUCUUCUGAAAUUUGCUGAAGAAAAUCCUGACUUUCAGAGAAUAAAAACUGAUGAUAAUUUUACUUUAGAAAAGAAGAACAAACUCUGGGACAGGGUCACGACCUUAUUAAAUUCUGAUGGUCUAGGUGCUGUGAAAAGUCCACACGAAUGGCGUAAAACAUGGAACUGCUGGAAGUCAUCUGUUCGAACACAAUAUGCUAAAAGUCAUCAGUGCGAAAAAGGACCGGGGGGAAUAAUGCGUAUGAGCGCAGAGGACGAGGAACUUUUGGGUCUCGUUGGUGUGUUAGGCGGAAAUCCUGGAACUGAGAAGAUGAAUUACGAGACAGAUACAGAUGAAAAUUAUAUGGAGGUGAGAGUCCUAAGAAAUUCAGGAAGUUUAAUCCCAGGCAAAGAACCUGAAAAUUCUGAAGAAUUUAUUCCAGAAGACAGUUCAUCUGAAGAAAGUGCCUUUUCUAUCAUUCCAGUGUCAGGGCAAUUUCAAGGUCAUGUUGAAAACAGUCAACAGUCCAUUAAUCGUCUGCAUAGAAAGAGCUCCUUUCGAGAGACCAAAGGCAGCCCAUACAUGAAACGUCAGAGGACUUCGCAGGAAUACGUUGAAAAGGUAUAUAUCGAUACCUGUAUCAAUCUCCAUUUUGAACUUCAUGUGUGAACUUCAACGAAAGUGUAUCUUAAGCCUAGACUCCUGCAGAAGAUCCGACAUUAUCACAGACCUGCUCACCAAAUCCCUAGAAAUACCUGUGUUUGAAAAACUUCAAGAAUCGGUGCAGAUGGUCAUCCUGCCCAUGAAAUAAGGUGUUAAUAUAUAGUGAUUAGCAGCGCUCAUCACCACUAAAACAAUAAAAAUUCCAUUCCAGCUGUGCUUCUGUGGAAGAAUUGGAAGAUUAACAAUACUUCAGUCAUUCACGCUGAUGUGAAAGGACUGUAAAAAGAACUCUUGGCAUAGGUGAUAGCUUAAACUUCUAUUAAAAAUGUAUUAUGAUGUGCAAAAGCAUCGAACAAUCCUCUCCAAAUAUGUGUUAAUGUUUUUCAUACCAUUUACUGUACAAACUGUUCGGAUUACCCAAGUAAGAGACAGUGUGCUGCCCACGAAGUAUGAAAAUUGUUUCUUUUCCUUAUUCAAUUAAUUCUUUUAUAAUCAUUUACAACCCUUUGUUAGCUAGUUUGUGAAUUACUGUGUAAUUUAAGGUUUGCAUGAUAUAAUACAGAGGGUGUUUACACAUUUUUAGAACGAUUUCCGGCCGUUUAAUUAAUAUUUAAAACCUAAAAAGCAUUUUUUUAAAUGUUGAAACUCAUAGCCUUUUCACUGGGCAAUAAGUUUGCAUGGUGAUUUCCAUGACAGAAGGGCCUUUCAUAGCAUUCCCACGGCUAUCAGUUCUCCCACUACUUUCCAGAGUUCAUCAAUAGUGGUGGAUUUGCGCUUAGACAGAGUUUUUUUUCAAGAGAUCAAAGUCACAGACAAAGUAUAUAUGCAAUACCUGUAUCUGUCUUCAUUACUUCAAGGAAUGCAGUGGUA